CAUAAAAAUUACCGCAAAGAAUUGACAAAUAGCACACCUGAUUUAUCAAAAGGCUUGGGUUGGGAACGGAUAGACCUCUAACACGCGUUUUCUACGGAUGUUUAACUGAUGGGAAGCUUUGGAAAUUUGCGAAAAUACAAUUAUUAAAUGAUAUUAAUGGUGCCCCAAAAGUGAAGUUUGAGCAAAGUACCACUUAUAGAUGGAGUGAACACACGGCCUCACUUAUCGCUGGCCUAAUUGGUCGUUAUUAUGAUGACCUGAUAAAGAAAAGGAUGAGUGGAAACAAAGAUAAUACAUAUACGUAUAGGAAUAAGUCAUCAAUUUCUUCUGAAAGUCUCUUGGCUUCCUUCAUCGGAGAGGACAUUCUUAUUAGAUUAAAAUCUGGAAAUUAUAUCCAUGUGCAGAUUACAUCUCACCUUGGAACUGGAAGAGAGUGUAUAGUUUUUUUGGCACAAGUACGUGAUUAUGGAAUAAAGGAUGCCGUUUUGAAGAUUGAAGUUUGCAAAAACACUGAAAUCUUUCAAGUUUGCCGUGAAAUAUCAGUGUUGCGUGCACUAAGUGAUCUUUCUUGUGUUCCCAAAAUUCUCUUUGAAGGUCAUACAAUGGGAGGUUCCCUGGCUUUACUUACCGAUUUUGCGGGACUACCCCUGGAAUCAUGGAUUUCUGAUAACGGUAAUAUAGAUGAUUACACAAUUUUUCAAAUAAUUCUGGAUCUAUUAUCGUGCUUGGAGAAGAUACAUGCCCGUGGUUACGCGCAUGGAGAUGUAGCCAUACGAAACGUUAUACAGAGAAAUGGUCAUUUCUAUCUUAUUGAUUUCGGCCUUGCAACUUCGUUGCUACUUCACUUCGAUCCAUGGCAAGAAAUUAUUCAGGACUACGACGGAUUGUGUCAAAUCAUUGGAAUUAUCAAGUUUGGAGAGAAAAUGUCAUUUUCAGAAUUAAUAGACAAGUUGGAGGGAGAGCUGAAAUCAUUUGUUGCGUUUGUCGAGGAUGCGAGUAGGUGGAAAACAACUGAUGAAGGGAAGUGUUUAGAAAAAUUUGGUGCUAUAGUUAGACAAUUUUAUGAGAAAUUGCCUAGGAAGAACUAGAGAAAUUAAAAACAGAAAUAUUAAACAGUUAAAUCUCAAAGAAUAGUUUAAUUACCACAUUUGGCAUAUAAAUUUUAGGGGGGUGGAUGGCUUCAAAUCAUCUUUGUAAGCACUAUGGUGGCUGUCACCAGCGGCAAAAUUUUCUUUUUGCCAUAUUACAUGGAAUUCUUGUGGAUUUCCAUGGAAUUUUUGUAUUUUUAUUAAUACUACAUAUCCAACUUUAACCCAUAAUAUUUAUUAAAAUUCUUAUUAAAUUCUAUAAAAUAAUCUGAUAGAAAUGUUCAGUACAUGUUGCUCUAACAUUUUAUUGGUUUAGUU